CAGUGCUCUAUAUAAAGCAGUGUGUGGUGGAGGGAGAUUGCCUUGCAGCAGGGGUCACUCAGCCCGAGAGGAAGCUGGACAGGGACACCAUUCACUGGACACCAACCCACCCGAGAGAGAGAGACAGGAGAGAGGAAUAUCCAUAAAGUAACAGAUCAUCAUCAUGGCAGAUAAAAUUAAGGACGCAAAGAUCAUCUUUGUUGUUGGUGGGCCCGGAUCUGGAAAGGGAACCCAGUGUGAGAAAGUGGUUGCCAAGUAUGGCUACACUCACCUGUCCUCAGGUGACCUGCUGCGUGCUGAGGUGGCCUCUGGCUCCGAGAGGGGGAAACAGCUCCAGGCCAUCAUGCAGAAGGGCGAGCUGGUGCCUCUGGACACUGUGCUGGACAUGAUCAAGGAUGCCAUGAUCGCCAAGGCUGACGUUUCUAAGGGCUUCCUGAUCGACGGCUAUCCCCGCGAGGUCAAACAGGGGGAGGAGUUCGAGAAGAAGAUUGGAGCUCCCGCUCUGCUGCUGUACGUCGAUGCUAAGUCUGAGACGAUGGUGAAGAGGCUGAUGAAGCGCGGGGAGACCAGCGGCCGCGCCGACGACAACGAGGAGACCAUCAAGAAGCGCCUGGAUCUUUACUACAAAGCUACAGAACCCGUCAUCGCCUUCUACGAGGGACGCGGCAUCGUCCGAAAGAUUAACUCCGAGCUGGCUGUGGAUGACGUAUUUGCAGAAGUCUCUAAGGCUAUUGAUAGUCUGAAGUAAAGAGAGCGUUACUGAA